AUGGCUAGGGAAUUCAUCUCUCUCAACCAUGCUUUCUCUCUCGCUGAUGACCUGCUGGCCGAGAGCGCGGACCACUCCACCCAAAUCGACCACAUCCAUUAUGGCAACCUCCACGGAGCCAUCCCUCAACUCACCAACAACGUCAUGGAGAAGCAUCGCUUGCUGUCCGAGGAAUGGCAGCUCUUCUGCGGCCUCGGUCCUGGUGAGCCCCAGCAACCCAUUCGACAGAGAAGGACGUCCUGCCUUCCAUCCUCGAUACCCCUACGGAAAACGACUCAGAACUCUGCUCCUGCUCCCGCAAUACAAUUAGCCAUCGGUACCGCGCUUCAUGCGCCGGUCGAGCCCCAAGGUCCUCCUCCCCAAGAAAUUAUAGCACCCCAAUCCACCCCGCUCUCUUGCAUCGAAACCGAGGACGCCGACAUAAAUCCUGCCCCAUCCCUUAUGCCGUUCCUGACCGUCAGAAAAUCAGAUUGCCCGCUCAGCCCUCAUCUUCUGCUCGCCUCCAUGAAAAAACAAAGUCGCCCGCUCAAUCCUCCUUCUCGCCCUCCAGCCUUCCUGCUCCUCCCACCGUCGCGGUCCAUCACAAACGUCCUCUUCACCCAGACUCAUCCGAGCCGCUCGAAUCCCAGGGAGGAACUUGUUCGGUCCGCAAAACGCAUUAGGCUAGCAACCUCUUACCCUGAUGCCGCCGACUUGCGUAUCAAAGAAGAAACCGAUGAACGACCUGUCGUACUGGUGGCUUCCUCGUCGCAAGCAGAGGAUCAAUUGCUUGAGGACGAUGAAGAUGAUGACCGCGCGGUCCCCCGGGAGGCUUCCUCUUCUCAACCUGAUGAUCUGAUGAGUAUGGAUGAAGAUGAAGAGAUCGAGAUCCUGCCGCACUUUUCCCCAGAGGAGGACGAUAGAUGGACGCAGAGGGUGCGAGACGCGUUUAGAACGUUGUUCAAGGACCCUGCUGCCAAAGAAAGGUCUCCUGCUCAAUGCAAGGCUAUCAUAAACGUCAUGACCGCUAAAAAGGACACCUUCAUCACCCUUAAGACAGGAGGCGGCAAGAGCGCCCUGUGGAUGACCGCGCCUCUUAUCGAUCCCUGGCCAGCGGUAGAGAGCGCUUCUUCCAAGGCGUUCCAGGAGUUCCUGGCAUCUCCCCAAGGACGUUCCUUUACCAAAGUAUUUAUUGACGAACACCAUGACUUCCUGGUGUGUCAUCCCGAACGUAAAGAACAAUGGACGCGUCUUGCUGCGCAAUUUUCCAAGUGGCCGAUGCAAAUAAACCUCCUCUCAGCGACUUCCCCCCCAUCCAGCACUUCUGCUUAUCUUAAAGGCUUUUCCAUCCAGCCCGAGGAGGCCCUCAUCUAUCGCACCUGCACGGAUCGCCCAGAGAUAGGAUUUCACGUCUUGAACAUUCUUCCGCACCAUUUCAAUGCAUCCCUGAAGUCCCUCGUAUGCGCGCUGCAGUUGAAGAUGGCUGGAUCGGAUCGCAUGCUGGUAUUUUUCAACUCGAACAAAGAAGCAGAUAAUUUCAGUAGCGCCAUGGGGUGUGCAGUCUUUCACAGCGACCUUCCCACCAUCGGAGGAAACACGAAAACGCACAAUCUCGCCAGGUGGGACCGCGGAGAGACCAAUAUCAUGACUUGUACCACCGCCUUUGCCCAGGGAGUCGAUCGAAGCUCCGUGCGAUUCGUGGUGAUCAGUGAGGUUGAGUACGGUCUUCUGGUCGUGAAUCAGAUGUCUGGACGUUCGGGACGCGAUGGACGCGAGGCGCAUACAUUCUACCUCACUCAGAAAACAAGUCUGUCCGCGUUUCAGAGCGACCAAGACCACCACUGCAUCAAAGGCCUGGACGACGUCCUGUUUAGCGAUCACUGUCGCAGAUACACCUCCAUCAAGUGCAUGGAUGGCAAAGGUUUUGCCUACCGAUGCAAGGACAGAUCAGAUGUUGUGCAGUGCGACGUCUGCGAUCCUGCGAGCGAUAUGCAACGUAUGGCCUUGCAAGCAAUUAAGGAGUCCCCACAACUCCUCCGUCCUCAAUCAACCCGUGCUCCGACAUUUCCGGUCCCCAGUUCAUCUCGACCCUCGCAAACGUCAUCCUCCAUACCAUCUUCCUCGCUGGAUGAUGAUGCAUUGUUCGGAAAGUUUCCCAAAGUAACGCCUAAAAUGGAGAUCGCGCUCAACGCCAUGGAGGCCACCCAUGCACCGCUGGGUCAUCGAUUUCCCAUGGAGCUUCCCAGCAAAGGUCAGGGCGCUCGCCUUGUGUAUUCCCAACCGCCAGCAUCCAAGGCAUCCAAGGCAUCCAAGGCGCCAGCCCCUUCUUCAUCACUGCCUGUCUCUUUGCCAUCAUCAUCAUCCAGGAGCGACAGGGUCAUGGCAGGAAUUCAAAGUCGAUUGAAUCGCACAUCGCUCCUCGACAGGUUCAUGAGGAAGUUACAGAAUUGCUGCCCAGUCCAUUUUGCCGUCCACUCCCAAGCUCAUCCAGAGCAUGGUCCAUGCGCCUUGGGACGACAGGGCCAUGACUCCACGUACUCCGAAUUCAAGAACAGUUUCGUCUUCGAAAGGUAUACUUACUGCUUCAAUUGCGCCUUACCACAGAACUACAAACACAACAACGAGCAGCCAUCAUGCCACAGCGCAGUGUCUUACAGGACAGGAGGAUCUUGUCCUUUUGCAGGUUUCAUCUUUAAAGCCGUACACUGUCUUUGGAACUCAGGCGAAGCUAUGGUGUUGGCGGGGACUUUGGGCAUACACGGCGGCUGGAACAGCUUCCAGGAGUUCAUAUCUUGGGUGAACAAAGAAGAGAAGGAGCAAGGCAGGUACAUCAACCUCCUGGAGAUCUUCAUCGCAUUUUGUAACAAGUUGGAGAGUUCUCAGCCUAGGUUUUUCCUGUAG